AUGGAUUUCUACAAUUGUGAAGAUAUUAGAAUAGCAAAAAAAAUACUUACCAGCGAUCUAGAUGCGUUAAAUCUAGAAAAAGAUGAUAAAAUAAAGCCAAACAGUUCUGGAAACUCUAAAAAGGACAAGGUUAGUAAUUUAAUACUAACAAUAAAAACAAUUCUGAGCAACAAAAUUGAAAGCAAAUUGCCUCAGUAUGCUGCUCUCAACCUUUUUAAAAUUCCAAGCUCAAAAAAAGCUAAAUUUGAGUCAAUUCUUGACGAAAAGUUAAAAAAAUUAGAAGAACUAUUUAUUGAAGAAAGAAACAUCUUCCGAGAAAUAGUAAAUGAUGCGGCUAUUAACAAUAGCCCAAAAGUAGAAAGAAAGCAGCAAUCUGAUUGCAAGACCGAAUCGAGCAAGCAAUCUGACUGGUCAGAGAUUGUAAAACGUAAAAUUAAAAAGAGCUCAAAUGUUCAACACGUGGCGAAUGUUCAACACGUGGCGAAUGUUCAACACGUGGCGAAUGUUCAACACGUGGCGAACAUCAACAUAAAAAGCAAACGAGGCGGAGGUGUUGGUGUGGUCAUAAAGCAUGACAUCAAAUAUGUUGUAAAUGAUAACAGUGCAUUUGAUGAUGAAAAUGUCGACGUUCUCUGUGUGGACAUUGAAUCGAGGCAUGCUUCACCUAGGGGUGUGCUAAAAGUUAUCGCGAUAUACCGCCCACCCAAUUAUAAAUUUGAGCCUUUUUUAAAUAAAAUCAAUUUGAUUUUACACGCCAUCAAAUCCGCCGACAAAACUGUUAUAGUGGGCGACUUUAAUGUUAAUUUAUUGGACAAUGAUUCAAAUGAUUCUAAAGACUUUCAAAAUCUACUAUUUUUAUUUUGUUUCUCGCCUUUAAUUAAUUUACCAACAAGAGUAACUUGUAACGCCAAUUCAUUAAUCGACAACAUAUUUACGAACCUGUAUCAACAUUGCGAAAGUGGAGUCAUAGUAUCAGACUUUUCUGACCAUUUUCCAGUUUAUGCAAUAGUAGAAAAUUUUAAAACUGCUAUCAAUGAUGACCAAAUUUUAUGUAGAAAAAUUAAUAAAACAUCCAUUUUCUUUAUAAAAAAAGCCCUCUCACUUCAAAAUUGGCAUUCAGUUAAAAACGAGAAUAAUAUAGAUACAGCAUGCCUGAAUUUCUACAAUAUACUCAAUAAAACUCUUGACACAUACGCACCUCUGCAGUGGCAGAAACAAAAAUAUAAAAAAGCAUGGGUAUCUGAUGAAAUAAUAAAAUUAUCAAAAAAACAGAAUCGACUGUAUAAAAUAGCAGUCGCUGCACCAAACUCCGCUAAUGUUGAAAAAUAUAAAAAGUUUAAAAAUUACUUUACAUCAGUAAAGAGAAAGGCCGAAAAAAAUUAUUUUCAACAAAAAUUUGAAGAGGCAAAGAGUUGCUCCAAACAAAAAUGGGAAAUAAUAAACGGAGUUAUAAGCAAAAUUAAAAAUAAAUUAAAUAAACCUACUCUAAUUGACCUGUAUUAUUCAUUAAUCUUUCCUCACCUCAUCUACUGCAACGUAAUUUGGGGAAACAGUCCUGACAUUCAUCUAAAACAGUUAACAAAAUGCCAAAACCGAUUCAUCAGAAUAUUUAAAAAUCUUCAUCCUCAUUGUCACACAAGUGAAUAUUAUCUCGAGAUGAAAAUACUCAACAUCAAAAACUUGUUCAUCUACCACGUUGCAACAUUCAUUUUUAGAUUUCUACGUCAGCAGUUGCCGGCAUUUUUUAGAAACUUUUUCACUUUUGGAACUUCCAUUCAAGCAAGAACUACACGCCACACGCCACUUUUCUAUGCUCCACCAGCCAGAAUUAAAGUACUCUGCAUGAGUUUGAAACAUACCGGCCCAGGAAUAUGGGAGACGAUUCCACAAGAAAUUAAAGAUUGUAACACUUUGCAUCUUUUUAAAAAUAAACUGAAAAAUUUUUUAAUUACGAAAAGUUCUGUUUUUCAAGGAUAA